ACUCCUCCCUGGGCGACUCCCGCCCCUCCUAGCGGCUUCCCUCUUGGCUUCUCUUGGUGACAGAGUCCCCCACCCCACCCAGUGGCCACUGCCCCUUCCAGUCCGGAGAAGCAGCUUGCCUGUCAGAGGAGCCCAGCUGGGGGGAGUGUGUCCCUCCCACCCCUCCUGCCGCAGAGAUGGUUCGGUCCCAGCCUUGAGUGGUCUGCUGGAGCAUCCUCAAGGUACCGAUCUAUUGAAUUAGGCUCCAGCCUGGAAGAGAGAAUCCAAAUGAAGGGCGAGACUCCCGUCAACAGCACCAUGAGCAUUGGGCAGGCCCGGAAGAUGGUGGAGCAGCUCAAGAUCGAAGCCAGCAUGUGUCGGAUAAAGGUCUCCAAGGCCGCCGCUGACCUGAUGACCUACUGCGACGCCCAUGCCUCCGAGGACCCCCUCAUCACCCCCGUGCCCACCUCCGAAAACCCCUUCCGAGAGAAGAAGUUCUUCUGCGCCCUGCUCUAAGCGACACCUGCCCCCCCUCCACCCCCUGGGCCCGGCGGGCAGGUGGGCUGCUCCCCUCCCCUCUCCCCUGCCGACACGCGCCGGGGUGUGGGGGCGGGCUGAGAGGGGCCCACGGUGCUUCUGCCUCGAGCGGGGGGGGGGGGGGGGGCGGGCCCUCCAGGGCCACUUCUUCCAGCACCCCAGCCCCCUCGGCUGCAGAGCCAGAGGGGAGGCCUCCACCCACCACUGCAGCAGGGGGCGAUGGGCGCUGUAGUCCAGCCACAGCCGGAGAGGCUCAGGUUAGCCAGCCCUGCUCUACUCCACCUGGAGAGCGAGAGGAGAGCAGGCGUGGAGGCCGAGAGGCCCGGCUGGGGCUGGCUUUGCCCCAUCCCUCUCUCCUCCUCCGCCACCCACCCAGGUGUGGCUCCUGGUCUGAGGCCGCACUCCCCCCCCGCCCCCCACCGCACAAGUCUGGCCAGGGGAAGAGGGUUCCGGGUUCCCCAUCUGCACUGCCCAGCUGGUUUCCUCCCACUCCCGUCCACACUGUAUCAAGAGAGCACACCAAGUAAUAAAUUGAGCCGGUGUCACUAA